UAGGCCAGUGUGGCAUUGUUGCGGGAGGAUGGCAACAAAUAUUUUAAAUCAGGAGACUACGAGAGAGCCUUGUCCUGCUAUACACAGGCAAUUGACCUAUCCAAGGACCUGUUAGAGGGCAGGAUCCUUUACCGCAACAGAGCAGCCUGCUACCUUAAAUUGGGGGAGUACUCAAAGGCUGAAGCAGAUGCUUCAAAAGUAAUCGAAUCAGAUGGGAAGGAUGUGAAAGCCCUGUUCCGUAGGAGCCAGGCCCUGCAGGAACUGGGAAAGCUGGAUCAGGCAUUUGCUGAUAUCCAGAGAUGUACUGUUCUGGAACCAAAGAACAAAGUAUUUCAGGAAUCAUUGCGGCAAAUUGCAACAAAGGUCCAGGAGAAGGUCCGACAACAGUCUUCUACAGAUGCCCGAGUGGAGCAGAUGUUUAACAUCCUUUUGGAUCCCAGUGAGAAAGACUCUGACAAGAAACAAAAGGCUAUUCAGAAUCUGAUUGUUCUUGCUCGGGAAGAUGCAGGGGCUGAAAGGAUUUUUCGCAGUGAUGGAGUGCACCUUCUCCAGAAGAUGUUGGACACUGGGAAUGCAGACAUCAUGCUGGCUUCACUCCGGACUCUAGUUGGGUUGUGUUCAGGCCAUCAAUCCCGGGUGACAGUGAUUUUGCACACAAUAGGAAUGGACAGGUUCUGUCGCGUGAUGGGCAGUGACCAGGAGCAGGUUUCCCUGGCAGCUUGCAACGUCUUGCAAAGCACGUUUGAUUCAUUGAAAGGGGGAAUAAAAAGUGACAUUCGAGGAAAAGAGGAGGCAGUGGUUCUCGAACCCUUAAAGGAGUUGAAGAUGAUGAUUCACCAGUUGUUGGCGAUGUUGGUUCAACCACAGGUGUCUACGCAUGGCCGAGACAAUUCCAUAAACCUCCUGAUUAAGCACGUUCCACGGAAAUCCUUACGCGAUCCCAACAACGCCAUGACCAUUUGGGUAAUUGACCAAGGAAUGAAGAAGAUUUUAGAAGUGGCUGGCACGGUUUCAGAAAUUCCCAACAGCCUCUCGGUAACGGACAGCGGUCGGAUGAGUGUGUCAGUAUUGCUGACCAAACUUUACGAUGACCUCAAAUGUGACGCCGAGCGAGAGGCCUUUAACAAACUCUGUGAGGACUAUGUCAGGGACCGCUUUGAGUCUUCAGGGAUGGAUGGAAAGCUGCAGGCCAUCCAGACUGUGUCCACCCUACUACAGGGGCCCUCAGACGUUGGCAACCGAGUGCUGGAGAUGAGUGGGAUCUUGGAGUGCAUGAUAGCAUUGUGCAGCUCUGAGCGGGAGAUUGACCAGCUGGUGGCUGUGGAAGCUCUUAUUCAUGCUGCAGGCAAAUCGAAGCGGGCUUCGUUCAUUACUGCAAACGGGGUGACACUUCUGAAGGACAUCUACAAGAAGAAUGAAAGCGAUCAAAUCAAAAUUAGAGCUCUGGUGGGUCUGUGCAAGGUAGGAUCUGCUGGUGGAACGGACUACAGCAUGAAGCAGUUUGCUGAAGGUUCGACGUGCAAACUGGCAAAGCAGUGUCGCAGGUGA